AUGACUGUCGGCUCCGCCUGUGUGGCUUCGGCCCUGAGCGAGGUCGCCACCUACUACGGCCAAGGAGCAUACCAACCUCGUCUAAGCACCUUUUGCUCUGAGACCUCGCUGGAUAUUAUUAAUGUUGGCUUUGUUAAUGUAUUCCCCGAUGUGGGAUUGGGCGGAUGGCCCCAAACAAACUUUGGAAAUCAAUGUGAUGGGAGUGUUUAUGUGAAUGACGGCACGGAUACUGGCCUGCUUUUCAAUUGCCACCAGAUUAUGGAAGACAUUCCCUUGUGCCAGGCCGCCGGAAAGAAAGUUUUCUUGUCAUUGGGUGGCAGUUAUCCCGGAUGGGGCCAGGUCAUCGCGAGUGAACCUUCGGCAGUUGCUUUUGCUGACUGGAUCUGGGGUGCUUUUGGUCCGGUCGACUCGAAAUGGACCGCUUUAGACCUUCCCCGUCCUUUUGGUGAUGUAGUUUUUGAUGGUUUCGACUUUGAUAUUGAAUGGGGCAAUGGAUUUGGUUAUGGAUACAUGGCAAGUCAGCUGCGUCAGAAUUUUGACACCUAUCAGGACAACAAUCCAGGCUCCAAGGACUUUUACCUUUCUGCUGCUCCUCAGUGUUAUGUUCCAGGCAACCUUUUGACUUCUGCCAUUAGCUACGCUGCUUUUGAUUACAUCUGGAUUCAAUUUUAUAACAACCCAUCUUGCUCAGCCAAUGUCUACGCGAAUGGUGGUGUAGGAUUCAAUUUCGAUGAAUGGGUUUCUAUCGUCAAAAGCGGCGCCAGCUCCAAUGCUAAGAUUUUUGUUGGUCUGCCUGCGGAAGAGUCAGAGGCUAAUCCUGGUUAUUACAUUGGCUCCAGUAGCAUUAAGCCUCUCGUCCAUGAGUACAUGAACAAGUACCCCAAGAACUUUGGUGGAAUCAUGCUGUGGGAAGCUACUGGGUCAUUGAACAACACAGACUCUAAGGGACAUGUGUUUUCUGACAGUGUGAAGAGUAUACUGGUGGAUGCUGCGGAUACCUUGUGUCCUCCACCACCUCCUCCUACUACUACCUCAACAACUGUGUCUUCUACUACUUCAACGUCCACUUCAACUACUAGCAGCUCAUCAACCACCACCACCACGACUACUACGACGACGACUUCUACUUCGACAACUUCUACGUCGACUUCUACGUCGACUUCUACUUCGGCAAGUUCUACGUCCACUUCUGUCGUGACUCCUACGCCAACGCCAACGCCGACACCCAGUACUACUGCUUCGUCAACAACAUCCCAGUCGUCAACCACGAGUACUUCGGUUACCACCCCAACAGUCAAGCCCACUUCCACGCCGACACCGUCAUCUCACCCUGUGCAAACCCCGUCCGCAAGCGCUUCGACUUCAGCCGUUUCUUCAGCGUCCUCGUCCAGCGCUGUUAUCCCAACUACUCGGUCUUCUACACCUGCUGUCCCCUCGUCAAGUGCUGUCGUCCCAACUACUCGGCCUUGCACUUCGACGCACUCUUCAGUUGCCUCGUCUAGUGCUGUCAUCCCGACAACUCGACCUUCUACACCCGUUGGCUCGUCCAGUGCCGUCGUCCCAACUACUCGACCUUGCACAACGACCCCAUCUUCAGUAGCCUCAUCCACUGCCGUUAUCCCGACUUCAUCAAGCGCUGUAGUCCCGCCCGUUUCGGGCACGUCAAAACCAACUACAACGCCAUGCUCUACUGGAACUCAGUCUACAAGUACCACCUCCAUUUCCGGGACUCAGUCCUCUGGUUCGUCCGGGCCCACCACGGCGCCUACAACCACCGGCACUCAAUCCACGUCGGCACCGACCCAGUCACAAGGUUCUUCGACCACAUCCUUGACAAGCGCACACACCACCGGCUCCUCAGGCCCAGGAUCUGGCACCACCACUGGUUCAAUUACAUCUGCGCCUUCAGGGAUCACUACCACUGUCUCUGCUACCAGAACUGAAUCCUCGUCGUCGACCACCACGGUUGUGACCACCACCUUCAUCUAUAUUUGCCCCACUGGAUUGGCUACGAGCACCAUCACCUAUACUGAGACUUACUGCCCGUGCACUGCCACCGGGCGUCCUUCGACUGAGCUCCCCACCGGUUGGAGUACUACCGUCACUGUCUGCACUGUCUGCGGGCCAAAGCCUACCACUGUGACGUUGACUGUUCCACCGGCGGUUAGUGCAACGGCGACAACUGUUCCGGGUGGCUCUGGCUCUGGCUCUGGUUCUGGUUCUGGCUCUGGUUCUGGUUCUGGCUCUGGUUCUGGUUCUGGCUCUGGUUCUGGUUCUGGCUCUGGCUCUGGUUCUGGCUCAGGCUCUGGUUCUGGCUCAGGCUCAGGCUCCGGAUCAGGCUCAGGUCAAUCCCAGCCUGGUAGCGGCAUCUACACGACAGUCCCCGGCGUCGCCCACCCCAGCGGCCGACUCCCAUCGUCCACCCUCGCCGUAUCUGUCACGUACACUCCUCCCGUGCCGAGCGCCACCAAGACCGGAGUCAACCCAGUCUACACCGGCGCAGCGGGUCGCAUUGAGCUGACCUCCUUCGGAAUAUUUGCUUCUCUAGCCUGUCUCCUAGCUCUCCUAUAG